CUAGCUGUAACAAGCAUUUUCCAUGAGAAUAUCUCUGCAACUUCAUAGAGUUUAUCUAGUUUAUUUUCAUUUGAUAAAAAUUGAAAACUCUAACUCUAACAACAAUCUUUAUGGUGAAAUCCCAGAAACUCAAACUCUUCAAAAAUUUGUUUCUGAUUCACAUUCUAACAGUCCUCAACUGUCUGCAUAUUAUUUUCUGAACUUCAGACAAGAUCUUCCAUGUCUAACUUUGCAACCAUCUUCUUGCUUUUUGACGUUGCUGGUCUACUUGCAGUGAUUUUGCUCUUCAUUCUUUACUUCAACAAGUCAAGAAAGCUCAAGAAAAUGUUGAAAAAGAAUAACCCAGAAGAAGGAAAAGGGUCAGGAGUGGUUGACGACGACGACAACGACGACGACAACUACUUGGAGGAGGAGACAAAGAAUAUGAACAGAAUAGAGUUGCAGAGCAAGGAAGAAGCUGUAAGAGAAGAGAAAGGUGGUGGUCUGAUAUUCAUGGAAGAAGAAGAAGCAGCAAGCUUUGAACUUGAUGAUCUUCUGAAAGCUUCUGCUGAGGGUUUAGGGAAAGGGAUAUUUGGAAAUAGUUAUAAGGCAAUGAUGGAAGGAAGAUCAGCCAUUGUUGUGAAACGUUUAAGAGAUUUGAAACCAUUGAGUUAUGAAGAAUUCAGGAAGCAGUUGAGUGUAAUUUCUGAGAUGAAGCAUCCAAAUUUGCUGCCUCUUGUUGCUUAUUACUAUUCUAAGGAGGAGAAGUUGCUUUUGUACAAAUUUGCUGAAAAAGGAAACCUCUUCAAUCGCAUUCAUGGAGGAAAAGGCAACAAGGACAGGAUCCCAUUUCGUUGGGGAGCAAGACUAUCAGUUGCUCGAGGAGUGGCACGAGCCCUUGAAUAUCUUCAUCUGAAAAACAAAUCACAAACCAUAGUCCCACACGGCAACCUCAAAUCAACCAAUGUUCUCCUCGACGACAACGACAUGGUUCUUGUUUCAGACUAUGGCAUGUCUUCACUGCUAGCACUUCCCAUUGCUGCUAAUCGCUUGGCUUCUUACAAGUCUCCAGAAUAUCAGGCAUCCAAAAGGGUAUACAAGAAGUCAGAUGUCUGGAGCUAUGGGGGUCUCAUAUUAGAACUCUUGACAGGGAGAGUUCAGGCUCACACAGCUCCACCAGGAACCAAAGGAGUUGAUCUUUGCAGUUGGGUUCAUAGAGCUGUGAGAGAAGAGUGGACAGCUGAGAUAUUUGAUAUUGAGAUAUCUGUGCAGAGAAGUUCAACUCCUGGAAUGCUGAAACUACUGCAGAUUGCUAUGCGUUGCUGUGAUAAGUCUCCUGAGAAUCGUCCUGAAAUGACAGAGGUGGUGAGGGAAGUUGAAAAUAUAAAGCUUGUUGAAUCUGAAGAUGAUGAAGAUUUGUCUUUGGAUCAGUCUUUAACUGAUGAAUCUCUUUCAACAAGUGCAUCAGGAAUAAUGGGUGAUGAAAGAUGAGAUAAUUUGGAAAAUAGGUUUACUCCAAUCAUUGUUGGGAGAUCUUGAGUUCGAAUUUCUUAACAUAUUUAUUUUUUUUUUAUUGUGAAAAAAAUAAUAAAAGAUGUAGUAGUGUAGAUGGCUCUUAGCCAACUUUCUUUAAUAAA